GACCCUCUGUUACCUAAGUUUAGGGUUCACAGCGCAGCACAAAGCCGAAGGUGUAGCUGUGCAGUUCCGCCCUCUGCUGCCGCUGCCACUGGGAAAGACUUCUUUGCCACUGCCGGGUCCGGCCCGAUCGGGCCAGGUCCUGCCCGGUCCUGCCCGGUCCGGCCGGGUCCGCAGCGAGCGGUCCUUCGCUAUGGACACGGUAUCAGCCACUGUAGCCGGGGUCUUCGCGUCCCCGGGUACCCCCGAGCUGCUGAGGCGCCUGUCGAAGCUGUAUUCGGCCUUUGUAACCCUGCUACUGAAGCUGGUUGCAGUGUUACCUGAGAAUUUCCAGCCCGGGCCUGGAGACUUUUAUGGGCUCCCCUGGGAGCCUGUAUUGUUCACUACCUGUGUUGGAAUCCUUAUGAUUGCGAUUUUCUUGUGGAGGAAUGUUUUUCCAGUAAAGGAGAGAAUAUACCAAGUCACCGAACAGCAGAUUGCCGAAAAGGUGAAGACUACCACAAAGGACAAUGCACAACUUGCAGAAAAAUUGUCAAGUUAUGAACAGAAGAUCAAUGAAUCGCAGAGGCUUCUUCAGGAGACCAAGAAUCAGAAUAGGAUUCUCUCUGAGGAAGCAAUUAAAUACAAGGAUAAAAUCAAGGUGCUUGAAGAAAGCAAGGAAUUUCUGGAUGAUAUGGCCAGAACUCUUGGUGAUAUGUUAGAAUGUGAGCGGAAACGCAACAUGAAAAAUCAGGAUUUGGUCCUGGAAAAUGAGAAAUCUGUGGAGAAGCUAAAGGAGGUUAUUUCAAUGAAUGCCUCAGAAUUUUCCAAGGUUCAGGUCACCCUGAAUGAAGGCAAGUUGAGUGAGGAGAAGGUGAAGUCUGAGUGCCACCAGGUUCAGGAAGAAAACACAAGGCUGAAGAAGAGAAGAAAGCAGCUAGAGCAGGAAGUUGAAGACCAGAAGAAGCUGAACGCUGAACUCAGCCAGCGAGUCAGGACGUUGGAAAAGUCUCAGAGGGAUCUGGAAGCCACUCUCCAUGAUAAGGAUGAUAGCAUUGGUGCUCUGAACAACUGCAUCAUGCGGCUGAACUGGAUGGAGGAGAGGAGAUCGGAAUCUGAGGGUCCAGGUCCAGGCAGAUGUGAGCCAGGUGAAUUAGCCAAAGGAGAAGUGGGAGGUGGGGAGAGUAAGAUCAAGGCUCACAUGCACCGGCUGAUGGAUGUCUCCCAGACACAUUCCACAAUAUCCGUAUUUCAGAAAGAUCUCCAACUCCUGCAGUUGAAGCUGAGAGCCUCCCUGUCUGCCAAAUGUGAUCUGGAAGACCAGAUCGUGAAGCUAGGUGAGGACUGCGGCAGGCUGCAGGCAGACAAGGCCCGGAUGGAGGAGGAGUUUAGCAUGCUGCAGCAGAAGGUGGAGAUCCUGAAGGAGCUGUCCCACCAGAAGGAGCUGGAGCUGCAGAAGAUACUGAGUCAGGCGGAAUGUGCACAGCAGCAGCGAGAGCAGGCGCUGUUGGCUGUGGAUGAGAAGGUGGUGCCGGCCACAGAGGAGGUGAAAAUCUACAAGCGGCGAAUCCAUGAAGUGGAAGCAGAAUUAGAGAAAACGGAGCGCUCAUUUAAAAACCAGCUUGCUACUGAGAAGAAAAAAGCCCAUGAGAACUGGCUCAAAGCCCGAAACGCAGAGCGCCUGGUGGCAGAUGAGAAGCGGCAGGCCGCCAACCUGCGGCAGAGGCUGGUGGAAAUUACCCAGAAGCUGGAUAUGCUUAAAGAGGAGCCUGGGAUCAUCAAUCGGAUGCCAGACUGUCCUGGAGUGCAGAACGCGCCCCACAGAGGUCCCCUGAGCCAGAAGGGCUCCUUUGGCCCGUCCCCUGUGAGUGGCGGUGAAUGCUCCCCGCCCCCAGGCGCACAGCCCCCUGGAUGGCCGCCCUCUGCAAGCCUGAACUUGGCACGCCAUGACAUUGCAAGAGCCGACUUCGAUCCCGGCCCUGGCCCCGUGGCCAACAGCAGCUCCCGCGGCUCCUCUCCAGUGAAGGUCAUGGACAACGCCAAGGUGAGCCUGGAGCCCGUGCCUUGGCCCACGCUGCUCCAUGGGCCCUCCGUUUCCCCUCUGUUCUCCAGCUGGCCUGGGCUACCCAGAGCCGACCUGCAGUUCCCUAGCAGUCCUCCCGCCUCAGCCUCCCGAGUUCGGGAUGACUGGUGUGCAUCGCCACACUCGCGUGCCCUUGAUUUUUGGGAGCAGCUGUUGCGGUCCUCAUGGUCUGUGCUAGGCAGACCCCUUGCAGUGAUGGGGAUGAGGUGGGCGUGGGCUCUUCCGGGAGUGGGAAGCCGGUUCCAGGGCCCCCUGAAUCCGACCCCGGGUGGCCCAGGCUGCUGUGCCUCCUGGGUCCUGAGGCUGCUGCCUUGGCAGCCUUCGCACCGCAUGGGGCCGCCUGCAAUGGUCAGAGCUCCAUGGACUGCCUUCCAAGCAGCCCAGGCACAGGCGCCUCCGCCAGCCCCUCCCUGUGCAGUGUCAACUGGCCGAGGCAGCUUCCGGUUCUCCCCAGCGACCCCGGGUCCCUGGGAGCCCUUGUGUCUGCCUGUCGUGCCCAGGGACUCGCUCAUGCUGGCAAGAGUGCAGCGAGCUGGCGCAGCGCCCCGCUGGCACCUCUGGAGCUCAUCUCCACACCCGAGUGGGGACAGCGUGGUGACCAUGCUCGCUGUGUGGCGUGCUGCUCACGAGGGCCCGGCAGGGUCCGGGGAUCCCUUGACUCCUCUCGGGACGGGCACCCAGUGUCACUGCCGAGCUGGAAACUGGGCCUGCUUCUGUUCGCAGGUGAGCAUGGCCGUGAAGGGGCCCCCAGCCCAUCCAGGGCCCCCGUUCCUGGGAGGCCCCAUGCCGCCCCACAUGGGCUAUGGGUCGCCACCGCCACCACUGCUCUGCAGGCCCUUCGGGCCUCGGCCGAUGCCUCCUAGGCCACCGCCACCAUUCGUCACACGCAUGGGCCCACCACUGGGCUUAAGAGACUAUGCGCCCGGCAUGCUGCCCGGUCGCCACGACCUGCCGCUACAUCCUGGCGAGUUCUUGCCGGGACCUGUGCCAUUCAGGCCUCCAGGCCCGCUCGGCGCCCGAGCGUAUUUCAUUUCAGAUCCACGAAUGCCACCACCACCCACUGGACUCCAGGACUACCGACCACCGCCUGCCGGGCCCGAGGAAUACCCACCGCCACCUGCUGGGCCCCAGGACAACCCACUGACGCCUGCCGGGCUCCAGGACUACCCACCACUGCCUGCUGGGCCCCAGGACUUCCCACCACCGCCUGCCGGGCCCCAGGACUUCCCACCGCCACCUGACGGGCACCAGGCCUACCCACCACCACGUGCCAGGUGCCAGCACUACGCACCAUCGCCUGCCAGGCCCCAGGACUACCCACCGCCGCCUGCCGGGCCCCAGGACUUCCCACCGCCACCUGCUGGGCACCAGGCCUACCCACCACCACGUGCCGGGCGCCAGCACUACGCACCAUCGCCUGCCAGGCCCCAGGACUAUCCACCACCGCCUGCCGGGCCCCAGGACUUCCCACCGCCGCCUGCCGGGCGCCAGGCCUACCCACCACCACGUGCCGGGCGCCAGCACUACGCACCAUCGCCUGCCAGGCCCCAGGACUACCCACCACCGCCUGCCGGGCCCCAGGACUUCCCACCGCCACCUGCUGGGCACCAGGCCUACCCACCACCACGUGCCGGGCGCCAGCACUACCCACCAUCGCCUGCCAGGCCCCAGGACUACCCACCACUGCCUGCCGGGCCCCAGGACAACCCACUGCCACCUGCCGGGCGCCAGGCCUACCCACCACCACGUGCCGGACGCCAGCACUACGCACCAUCGCCUGCCAGGCCCCAGGACUACCCACUGCCGCCUGCCAGGCACCAGGCCUACCCACCACCACGUGCUGGGCGCCAGCGCUACCCACCACCGGCUGCCAGGCCCCAACACUACCAACCACCACGUGCCGGGCGCCAGGCCUACCCACCACCGCCAAUCAACCUAUUACUACUAAUUAUCCCAAUCCUCCUAGCCAUAGCAUUCUUAACCUUAACAGAACGCAAAACUACCCAUCGCCAACUGCCGGGCCCCAGGACUGCCCACCGCCACCUGCUGGGCCCCAGGACAACCCACGACCACCUGCCGGGCCCAAGGACUACCCACGACCAUCUGCCGGGCCCAAGACAACCCACCGCCACCUGCCGGGCCCCAGGACUACCCAUCUCCUCCUGCCGGGCCCCAGGAAUACCCACCGCCACCUGCCGGGCCCCAGGAUUACCCAUCGCCUUCUGCCGGGCACCAGGCCUACCCACCACCACGUGCCAGGUGCCAGCACUAGGCACCAUCGCCUGCCAGGCCCCAGGACUACCCACCGCCGCCUGCCGGGCCCCAGGACUUCCCACCGCCACCUGCCGGGCACCAGGCCUACCCACCACCACGUGCCGGGCGCCAGCACUACCCACCAUCGCCUGCCAGGCCGCAGGACUACCCACCACCACCUGCCGGGCCCCAGGACAACCCACCACCACCUGCCGGGCCCCAGGACAACCCACCACCACCUGCCGGGCCCCAGGACUUCCCACCGCCGCCUGCCGGGCGCCAGGCCUACCCACCGUCGCCUGCCGGGCCCCAGGACAACCCACCACCACCUGCCGGGCACCAGGCCUACCCACCACCACGUGCCGGGCGCCAGCACUACCCACCAUCGCCUGCCAGGCCCCAGCACUACCCACCACCGCCUGCCGGGCCCCAGGACAACCCACCACCACCUGCCGGGCCCCAGGACUUCCCACCGCCACCUGCCGGGCACCAGGCCUACCCACCACCACGUGCCGGGCGCCAGCACUACCCACCAUCGCCUGCCAGGCCCCAGCACUACCCACCACCACCUGCCGGGCCCCAGGACAACCCACCACCACCUGCCGGGCGCCAGGCCUACCCACCACCACGUGCCGGGCGCCAGCACUACGCACCAUCGCCUGCCAGGCCCCAGGACUACCCACUGCCGCCUGCCAGGCACCAGGCCUACCCACCACCACGUGCCGGGCGCCAGCGCUACCCACCACCAGCUGCCAGGCCCCAAGACUACCAACCACCACGUGCCGGGCCCCAGGACUACCCACCACCGCCUGCUGGACCCCAGGACUACCCACCGCCGCCUGCCGGGCGCCAGGCCUACCCACCACCACGUGCCGGGCGCCAGCGCUACCCACCACCGGCUGCCAGGCCCCAAGACUACCAACCACCAUGUGCCGGGCACCAGGCCUACCCACCACCGCCAAUCAAACUAUUACUACUAAUUAUCCCAAUCCUCCUAGCCAUAGCAUUCUUAACCUUAACAGAACGCAAAACUACCCAUCGCCAACUGCCGGGCCCCAGGACUGCCCACUGCCACCUGCUGGGCCCCAGGACAACCCACUGACGCCUGCCGGGCCCCAGGACUACCCACCGGCGCCUGCCGGGCCCCAGGACUUCCCACCGCCACCUGCCGGGCGCCAGGCCUACCCACCACCACGUGCCGGGCGCCAGCGCUACCCACCACCGGCUGCCAGGCCCCAAGACUACCAACCACCAUGUGCCGGGCCCCAGGACAACCCACCACCGCCAAUCAACCUAUUACUACUAAUUAUCCCAAUCCUCCUAGCCAUAGCAUUCUUAACCUUAACAGAACGCAAAACUACCCAUCGCCAACUGCCGGGCCCCAGGACAACCCACGACCACCUGCCGGGCCCAAGGACUACCCACGACCACCUGCCGGGCCCAAGGACUACCCACGACCAUCUGCCGGGCCCAAGACAACCCACCGCCACCUGCCGGGGCCGAAGACUACCCACCACCACCUGCCUGGCCCCAGGACUACCCAUCUCCUCCUGCCGGGCCCCAGGAAUACCCAUCUCCUCCUGCCGGGCCCCAGGAAUACCCACCGCCACCUGCCGGGCCCCAGGACUACCCAUCUCCUCCUGCCGGGCCCCAGGAAUACCCACCACCACCUGCCGGGCCCCAGGACUACCCAUCUCCUCCUGCCGGGCCCCAGGACUACCCAUCUCCUCCUGCCGGGCCCCAGGAAUACCCACCACCACCUGCCGGGCCCCAGGACUACCCAUCUCCUCCUGCCGGGCUCCAGGACUACCCAUCUCCUCCUGCCGGGCCCCAGGAAUACCCACCGCCACCUGCCGGGCUCCAGGACUACCCAUCUCCUCCUGCCGGGCCCCAGGAAUACCCACCGCCACCUGCCGGGCCCCAGGAUUACCCAUCUCCUCCUGCCGGGCCCCAGGAAUACCCACCGCCACCUGCCGGGCCCCAGGACUACCCAUCUCCUCCUGCCGGGCCCCAGGACUACCCAUCUCCUCCUGCCGGGCCCCAGGAAUACCCACCACCACCUGCCGGGCCCCAGGACUACCCAUCUCCUCCUGCCGGGCUCCAGGACUACCCAUCUCCUCCUGCCGGGCCCCAGGAAUACCCAUCUCCUCCUGCCGGGCCCCAGGAAUACCCACCACCACCUGCCGGGCCCCAGGACUACCCAUCUCCUCCUGCCGGGCCCCAGGAUUACCCACCGCCUUCUGCCGGGCUCCAGGCCUACCCACUGUCGCAUGCUGGACCCCAGCACUACCCACCGCCAACUGCCAGGCCCCAGGACAACUCACCGCCGACUGCCGGCCCCAGACUACCCACCACCAUGUGAUGGGCCCCAAGACUACCCACUGCCGCCUGCCGGGCACCUGGCCACCCACCACCAAGUUCCGGACCCCAGGACUACCCAUUACCCCCUGCAGGGACCAAGAGUACCCACCGCCGCCUGCCGGGCCCCAGGAAUAUCCACGGCCACCUGUCAGGCCCCAGGACAACCCACCGUCCUCUGCUGGGCUCCAGAACUAUCCAUUGCCCCAUGUUGGGCCCCAGGACUACCCACCGCCAAGUGCUGGUCCCCAGGACUACCCACCGCCAAGUGCCGGUCCCCAGGACUACCCACCGCCAAGUGCCGGUCCCCAGGACAACACACCACCACCUGCCGGACCCCAGGACAACCCACGACUGCCCAGGACUAGCCACUGCCACCUACUGGGCCCCAGGAUAACACACCGCCACCUGCCGUGGCCGAAGACUAACCACAGCCACCUGCCGGGCCCCAGGACUCCCCCACCAUCUGCCGGGCCCCAGGACUACCCACCAUCACCUGCCAGGCCCCAGGACUAGCCACCGAUGCCUGCCGGGCCCCAGGACUACCCACCACCACCUGCCGGGCCCGAGACUACCCACCACCAUGUACCGGGCCCCAGGACUACCCACCACCACCUGCUGGGCCCCAGACUACCCACCACCAUGUACCAGGCCCCAGGACUACCCACCUCCACCUGCCGGACCCCAGACUACCCACCACCGCCUGCUGGGCCCCGGAAUACCCACCCCCGCCUGCUGGGCCCCAGGACUACCCAUUGCCGCCUAUUGGGCGCCUUUUUCUCCUAUGGGUCUGCGCUUAUUUCUAGGACUGAUAAAAGUUCUCUCCAGUUAACUGCAGCCUUGAUGUUUCCUGAUUUGCCCCCAACUACAGAUUAAAGUAAUGUACUUGUAUUGCACAGUUA